UGUUUCUGGAAGUGCCGGAUCUGUGACAUAUAUUUUCUCUGUAAAUACGUUUUGGCACCCGAACAGCAGCUUACACAUAUUAACCCUUCCCGACUUCCCUCAACAUCAUACCUAAUUCUCUCCCAACUUCUGCCUCCUCAUAUUCCCAAUCGUCCACCGUUGCUUGAUGGCAGAGGCUAUGGAUGUGGAUGACCAUAAGUCCGAUUCCUCUCCUCCUCCGAGUCGAGAGCUGCCUCCUGAAUCAUCUCCAAAUUCCCGAAAGCGGAAAACCCCUCCAGAACGAGGGGAUUCUGCUGACGCUGAAGGCGAGAGUGUAGACGACUCAGUUGCCGUUCCAAAAGGCGAGUAUGAAACUGGUCGUGUCAUGUGCGAAGUCUGCGGUGAGGGUGUCUCGUUUCGUGACGAAGCAACCCGCGGGUUUACCCUGAAACACUGGGACGCCCACCGCCAACAAUGUGCCAACACCACUCAGGCCGUGCCCGAGCCUGUUAUCUACACUCCGGAAAGUACGGCCGAGGCUCUUGCCAACCCUCCCGCCAAACGACGGCGUGCCAAGCGUACUGAAGAGGAACGAAUUGACUACCUCAGGGCGGAUCCUUACGUUGCACAGUUUGAGGCAUAUCGUGUAUUAUGUGCAUCGUGUGACAAGUGGAUCCGGCUCCGUCCUAAUUCCACAUAUUGCUCCAUCCCUUGGGAUGCUCACCGGAAGAGCUGCUUGUCAAAAAAAAUUAACAACAAGAAUGGUUGUGCUCUCGAAGAGAGAAAUUCAUUGCUCUCCAAAGACCCGGACGUCCGCAAGUUUGAUGCCGAGCGGGUAUUAUGCAACACUUGCGACCGUUGGAUCCAAGUCAGCCCUGAAAACCACAUGCAGGCAGUCCAAAAGUGGCUGCAUCACAAGUCGUCCUGUCAAAAAGGCGUUGGACAGUCUUCCGCGUCUCAAGCGGAAGCUUCAUCGUCUCAGCCACCAAAAUCCGACACAGCAGCCCGAGAAGGUCAACCGCAUGUGCCUGCAAUUUCGAGACGUCCUUCGGGCUCUCCAGUCCAUGGAAAAAUUCCCGUCCCGCCGACAAUACCAUGCUCGCCGUCUUCAUCCUUCAAGGAUUUGACACCCACCAAUUUUCCAGCUCAUGAAUCCCGUCGACGAAAUGCCGAACAACGAGCCGCAACUCUCAAGGCUGAUCCCCUAGUUGAAGAGGUUGAGCCGAACAGAGUUUUCUGUUCUCUUUGUAAGAAGUGGGUCCAGCUUCGCCAAGACAGUUCUUACUGCGCGUAUCCAUGGAUACAGCAUCGAGGAAAGUGUCUCGCCCGACAUCAGAGGCGAGCUCAGAAAGCUGCAGAAGUUGCGGAGAUUAGAGCCAAAGGUGGCACAUCCCAUCCUGACGAUGGAAGCUUGUCAGACGAUGAUGCGUCUGCCGAAGACGAACUAGAGUCAGAGGAACCAUACGACACCCAAGACCUACCCAUGGAUGAUAAGCGCAAAGCCAAGAUUUCGGAUUUUCGGUCUCUUUACACUAUGAAGAAACAACGAUUAGACAAUGGAAAUAGCCGCACAGGCUCCGCUUGGGUUGGCCCUGAUAAUGCCUCCACUAGCAAGAGAUCAUCGCAAAGCGUCCGCUCUAUCCGCCCAAAGGGAAGAGCUGAUAGCGACCUACAUGCGCCGACGGAAGCUUCCGGGUCGGCGAGCCGUUUGAACCGCCGUCUUGUACUUGGGUUUGCUGACUUAACCACCGUUCCUGGCCGGAUGGAUUUCAUUUUUUCGUCAAUCGCAUACUUAUUUAUGACCACUUAUGACAGCACGGAUGACAUGACCAUAUCUUCCCUGUUGACCUACUUAAACUCUGCUAUACCUGCCGACAAACAUGAGGACUUCGACACAGCCGAAGUCGUCAAAGCAGCAGCGGCCUUGCAGGACCGUGGUGACAUCAUCUUUGAAGGCGACAUGUUACGCCUUCCAGAAUAGCGGGCAAUUCCGGACGCUGCAAUUCUUGUGCAUAUAUGUAUACCUAUUUUCUCGAUUUGCAUUUCUUGGACUUCCACUCCGGCUGUGCACUCAUUGUUAUUAGCUCUGCAUCCAUAACCUCUUUUUGUUCGACUUCACCGACGACAAUUGCAUCGAAAGUGUAUUUACCGCUCAUACCACCGACAUCUUGUAUCAUUGCUGAUUUUCUUGAAUGCGAUGUGUUAUAUGCAUCGCAUACA